AUGAAUUUCAAUUUUAAUAAUAUUAGAGGAUCAUUACCAAAGUUUAAUGCACCAAAAGGAGGUGUUGGUGGAAUUGGUUCUUUGCUUGUUGCUGGUGUUGCAUUAUAUGGUGCUUUCAACUCUUUAUUGAAUGUUGAGGGUGGUCACAGAGCUAUCGUAUUCAAUAGAUUCGUCGGUAUUAAAAAUAGAGUUUACAAUGAAGGUACUCACUUUGUCAUUCCAUGGAUUGAGAGACCAGAGAUCUAUGAUGUAAGAGCAAAGCCACGUUCAAUCUCUUCAUUGACUGGAAGUAAAGAUCUUCAAAUGGUAAAUGUAACAAUUAGAGUUUUGUCGAAACCAAGCAUCAAAUAUCUCCCAGAAAUCUAUAGAACUCUUGGAAAGGACUACGACGAGAGAGUACUCCCAUCAAUUGUAAAUGAAGUACUCAAAUCGAUCGUUGCUCAAUUCAAUGCAUCGCAACUCAUCACUCAAAGAGAGCAAGUUUCACGUUUAAUCUACAAGCGUUUGGUUGAUCGUGCUCGUGAUUUCCAUAUUGAAUUAGAUGAUGUUUCAAUCACACAUUUGAACUUUGGUAAAGAAUAUGCAGCAGCUAUUGAAUCAAAACAAGUUGCACAACAAGAUGCAGAGAGAGCACGUUUCUUGGUUGAAAAAGCUACACAAGACAAGAGAAGUAUUAUAGUAAAGGCAGAGGGAGAGUCUCAAUCUGCUAAAUUGAUCUCUGACUCUAUCAGAGAGAAUCCAGCAUUCUUGCAACUCAGAAAGAUUGAAGCUGCUCGUGAAAUCGCACAGAUCAUCGCCAAGUCUCAAAACAAAGUUUACAUUAGCAGUGAUUCACUCUUGUUGAAUCUCAACGAUAUCGAAGAGCCAUCAAUGAAAUAA